UGGGGGCUGGAGGGGUUGUUUGUAGUGACUUGCCGCAUACUUAAUGGCCAGUGUGUGGGACCUCCCCCUAACCUGAUAGCCACAGGUCUGGUGGGAGAGCCCUUAAUCCUGGCAGGCCUUGGGCGCCAGCUCUGAUGUCAACCCAACAGUCUGCCGCCCCCGCUCCUUGCCUCCUGAAGUGGCCACCCAGCCAAGGACAGGGCCGCCUGCCCACCUCCUGGGUGUGGGUGCUGCCUGGCUGGCGCUUCUGCCACCAGCUCUGUACGCGCUCACCUCAGCCAGGCCAGCAUGCUGGGCACCAUGCUCCUGCUGCUGGCCCUGCUCCCGGGGACCACCACCUUGCCCAGCGAGCCAGCUGAGCCCCCGUUCCCUGCGGCGCCCGGGCCCUGGCUGCGCCGACCCCUUUUCAGUCUGGAGCUGUCGGACGCGGAGGAUGCCUUCCCGCGCCGUCCGGGGCCGCUCGAGGUCCCAGCGGACAGCCGGGUGUUUGUGCAGGCGUCCCUGGCCCGUCCCUCCCCGCGCUGGGGCUUGGCCCUGCACCGCUGCUCCGUAACACCGUCCUCGCGCCCGGCCCCGGCCCCUGCCCUGGCGCUGCUGCGCGGGGGCUGCUCCGCCGACUCCUCGGUCACCUUCCCGCCACCGCGGCCGCUCCUCGGUGCCGCCCGGCCCGCGCGUUUCAGCUUCCGCCUGCGCCCGGUCUUCAACGCCUCUGUGCAGUUCCUGCACUGCCAACUGAGUCGCUGCCGCCGCCUCCGCAGAGCCCGCUGGACGCCUGCGCCUUUGACAAUGCCUCCACUGUCCCCGGGCUACCCAAGGGCUUCCCCGGCAGAGCUGUGCUCCCCGAGUCUCCCGCGCCGACCCCGCAGGCCCUGGAGCCCGCGCCGGUGGUAGCGCUGGUGUUGGCCGCUUUCGUGCUGGGCGCCGCUGUGGCCGCCGGGCUCAGCCUCGUGUGCGCGCACUCAGCGCCCCAACUCCACGGUCAGCCCCCGAGAGCCUCGCCCAGCGGCCCCCCGCCCAGGAGGCCCCAGUGAGG